AUGUCCGAGCGAGUGACAGACUUCCAAGGUCAGAGCUUCUACAAGCUCCGCCGAGCUUGCCUGCGCCGCGGCGUUCUCUUCAAGGACCCCGUCUUCCCCGCCGCUGCCCAGUCGCUCUUCUACAAGAGGGCGCCCCCGCCAGGUGUGACCUGGAAGAGGCCCCAGGAGAUCUGCAAGGACCCGCGUCUAUUUGUGGACGGCAUCAGCACCCGUGACCUGCACCAAGGCAGUCUGGGUAACUGCUGGAUGGUGGCAGCCAUUUCCUGUUUGGCCUCCGAGCCCACCCUGUGGAAAAAGGUCAUCCCAGACCACACGGACCAGGAGUGGAACCCGAAGCGCCAGGACUUGUACGCGGGGAUCUUUCAUUUCCGCUUCUGGCGCUUUGGUCGCUGGUUGGAAGUGGUUGUAGACGACCGGCUGCCUGUCAGCGGUGACGGCAUGCUCCUCUUCUGCCGUUCAGCCACGCCCAGAGAGUUUUGGAGCGCCCUGUUGGAGAAGGCCUACGCCAAGCUUAAUGGCUGCUAUGAGGCCUUGGAGGGAGGAAACACUGCAGAGGCCCUCAUUGACUUCACUGGGGGGGUUUCAGAGCCUCUCAGCCUGGAUCGAGGGACCCUCAGUCGGCACGGCGACGAGAGAAAGGCUCUCUUCCAGAUGCUGGCUAGGGCCCACGAACACAAAGCUCUCAUUACAUGUUCUAUACGGCCAGCUGAAGGCGAGACGGUGGAGUCUGUGUUGGACUGCGGCCUUGUGCGAGGACACGCCUACGGGGUGACGGCGGUGAGGAAAGUGUGGCGUGGGGAGAAGCUCCUGAAGGCCACCGGAACGUCCCGACUCUUUUUGGCGCGCAUGAGGAACCCGUGGGGGACCACAGACUGGACAGGUGCUUGGAGUCAGCGGUCGCAGGAGUGGCAGCAGAUGAGCCGUGCAGAGAGGGAGAAGAUCGGACUUGUAGUUCGAGACGUUGGCGAGUUCUGGAUGGACUUUGAGGACUUCUGUCGUUAUUUCACGGAUGUGGUAGUGUGCCGCCUGGUGGAGAGAACUCUCCUGUGGCAGAGGGCCCACUGGAGAGAGGUGCGCUGUUACGGGGAGUGGUCGCCGGCGCUGUCCUCCACCAACCAGCCUCCAUCGGCUGUCUGCAUGUUAAGCCGAAGGAAGGAAAACGAGGUUGAGGAGCCGUGGGGGAAAGAAAGGCGCCUCAAAAAAGUGUCAAAGUAUCAAGCAAAUUAUGAGGACGAGAUAAACAGAGACCGGGAGGUCCACGUGGACAAGAGGAGCAGGUGUGGAGGAUGCAUCAACCACAAGGACACGUUCCUCCACAAUCCACAGUUCAUGUUUGACGUGCAAGACCACGAGGAAGAGGUGCUCAUGUGUCUGCAACAGGAGGACCAGAGAAUACGCCGGAAGGACGGAGGAGGCGACAACCUGCCAAUCGGAUUCGAAGUGCUAAAGGUGGAGGUGAACCGCAGCAGCCGAGUGCAGCGUGUCGUGGAGCAGGCGGCCAGCUCCGUCUACAUGGACUCCCGCAGCAUCACGCUAAAGGCCACCCUGGCACCGGGUCGCUACGUGGUGCUGCCCACCACCUUCCAGCCAGGGGCCACCGGACACUUCCUUGUGCGUCUCUUCUCCCAUUCCCAUGUCCAACUCAGGGAAGUGAAGGAUGACUUACCGUCUCCGUCCUUGUUCCAGUGUCUUUUACCUCAGCCCACCAUGGUGACUACGGUCCACCUCCAGAGGGCGACCGUACUUUGUCCCCCUAAACAGACAGCUCCAGACGUUUACGCCAUCAUUCGAUGUGAGAGCGCCGCCAUCAGGACUCGGGUGUUCAAGGCUGAAGGAAACCCAGAAUUCAACCUGAGGAGCAUCUUUUACAGGAGAUACCCUGAUGCUCACAUCUCAGUCGAGUUGUGGAGGAGAGGCUUGCUGUGGGACUCCAUCCUCGGCCGGGCCAGGGUCCACCCAGCCGAGCCCGAGAAGAGCCGAAACCACGUGAUGGAGUUACAGGGUGACCGGUCAGGCUCAGGGGGCCGUGUGUGUGUGGAGACAUCUUCCAGCGUCUGCUUAACAGACUUGUAAUGGUUACCGUAGCAACUGGCACAUUUGGGAACAUUUCCAUGUAAAUCCCAAAAUAUUAAAAAUAUGCCAACAUGAAUCAAUGUAACUUUUUUGUUUUUACACUGGCCAUGUAUUGUUAUUGUUUUAUUUAUUUGUAUUUAUUUCCAUUAUUUCUUAGAAUUUGUAUUUAUUUUUAUCUUUUUUUUUUUUUGCUGCAGCUGUUACAUAUAUUGUAAUAUUGUAUAUGGUCAUUUUGAUUUGUUAUAUAUUGUAUAUAUUAUAUAAAAAUAUAAUAUAAUAUAAUAAUAUAAUAUAUCAGUAUAUAUUAUAUACUGUAUAUAUAAUAUGUAAAUAUUACAUAUAUGUUAUAUUUUAUAUUGCUACUC